AUGAGUGGAUUCCGCGCAGAUCUCUCCAUGCUAUGUCCACCGUUUUUCUGUUCCUCUGUCGUUGCUCGUGUGCAUCGGAAGAGCUUGGAGCCAGGGCGCGUUCAAUUCACAAGUGGCGCCCCUCGUACACCGCAGGCGCAGCAACCCAUCGACGCGUGGGCUGCGGGAAUCUGGCGCAUUGCCCCGAGUUUCUGGGGCCGCUCGCUUGAGAAACUGCCAGCUCUUCCUUUCCUUAACUUUUUCUCCCAACAGAGGUCACGCACCCCAGGAACGAGCCUAGCCAGAAGCGUCACAAAACCCUCUCUGAGUGUGUGUGGGUUGCCGGGUUUUUGUGAAACCCGAAUGCGCUCUGGCCUUCUUUUGGUUUCUUCUGUGGUCGGCUCUGCUCGCACGUUCAUUCUUCUGUUCCUCGUUUUCUUCCUGACUGGUCUCCGCGCCAAUCUCGCCCCUUCCGGCGGCAAGGCGCCCUCGAUAUCUUGUCUUUGUGCCCUCUCUUACUCGAUCCGCACGGGAGCAACAACCCGUCGGGCAGCCGCGUCCUUUUCUCCGUUUUCAGCUUCUUCUCGCUGGGGGUCCAGGGAGUCCACAGGCCGACGGGACACACGAGUUUUUUCGCUCUCUUCGCGAGAUUUUCACACGCAGCGAAGAAAAGGCGAACGCUCUCAGGGUGCAGCCAAGAUGGAUUCCUUCCUUCGCCCACUUCAGCCGAAAAAGUCCCUCUUCCAGGUUCUACAGAAGGGACCGCUGAGGGUCUCCCUUGUCGGGAGUGGAAAUUGGGGUAGCGUCAUCGGCAAGAUCGUCGCACAGAACGCAGAACGUUCUUACGUCUUUCACAAUGAAGUCCGUAUGUGGGUGUUCGAGGAGAUGGUUGGCGGUGAGAAGCUCACAGACAUCAUCAACAGGAAGCAUGAAAAUGUCCGAUAUCUGCCCGGCUACAAGUUGCCCGAAAACUUGGUCGCAGUUCCCGACGUCGUUGAAGCUUGUCGUGACUCCGAUCUCCUUGUCUUUGUGAUGCCCCAUCAGUUCGUCGCGAGGGUCUGCGACCAAAUCGCAAAGGCGCGCGUUGUGCCUGCCCACGCUCGAGCUAUCUCGCUACUCAAGGGCCUGCACGUCGAAGGGGGACGCCCCCAUCUUUUCUCCGAGAUGAUCCGCUCUAGACUAAACAUUGUCGAGUGUGCGGCUCUUUCCGGCGCGAAUGUGGCGAACGACGUCGCGCGAGAAGAAUUCGCCGAAGCAACUAUCGGCCACUCGCCCGACGAGACAGACACGGCGUUGAUAUGGCAGCAACUCUUUGACAAGCCGUAUUUGAAAGUGAACGCUCUCCCAGAUGUAGCCGGUGUACAAGUGUGCGGAGCAGUCAAGAAUGUCGUCGCGCUCGCCGCCGGCUUCUGCGACGGUCUGGGCCUCGGCACAAAUGCCAAGAGUGCGAUCAUUCGCCUCGGCGUUGAGGAGAUGAAGCAGUUUGGAAUGCUCUUCUUUGAUAACGUUAUCGCCGAAACGUUCUUUGACAGCGCGGGGUACGCAGACGUUAUCACGACAGUCUUCGGAGGGCGGAAUGCACGCUGCGCGGCCGAGUUCGUUCGACAAAAGGGAAAAAAGUCUUGGGACGAAAUCGAGGCUGAGAUGCUUAACGGACAAAAGCUGCAAGGCACUCUGACCACUCGCGAAGUUUUCGAUGUCAUUUCCUCGCACGAGGUAGACCAUCUCUUCCCUCUCUUCGCGGUGACUUACGAAAUCGCUUUCAAGGGAAGAGAUCCUGCAGAUCUCAUUCGGGUGUUUGAAACGAAGGAUCUUCGCGCGCACAAGACGCCCGAGGAGUGCAACAUGCUUGUCCUCCCUCCCCUCAUGUCAUCUGCGAGAACGAGGGUGCGUGUAGCGCAGGAGCUUAACAUUCUUAAAUCGUACGCAAGUCGUCAUUGCUUUGGUGCGCUGUUUGUGUUUAUUUUUUGUCAGAUUAAUCGGCUUCAGUCGAUGGUUGACCAUGAACGUUUCAGGGACGAAGAGAAAAAAAUUGUCAAGGAAUACGAGAGGAGGUACACGCAGAUUGAAGGCGUUGGAGAUGUGACGGCUCGCGGUGGUAGCCAGUGA